AUGAAUGUGGACAAAAGACAGCUUAUAAGAAGCACUUGGACAAAGCUUUAUGAACAAACUUUCAUAGUAAAACACUAUUUUGUUAUUGGAGACUUUGGACUAGAUGCAUCUAUCAAGCAACAAAUGACAGAGGAACAAACAACCAACAAGGAUCUCUUGAUUUUGCCAGUCCUAGAUAAUUACAAAAACCUAACACUCAAGAUAAAACAUACAUUCCAGUGGUUAAGUGAUCAAUAUGAUCAUGGAAUGGAUUUCAAAUAUGUUCUGAAAUGUGAUGGAGACAGUUUUGUUCACCUAAAAUCCUUAGUAGGUGAGGCAAAUAAUAAGGAAGGUCCAAACAAGUUGAAUCUAUACUGGGGGUACUUCUAUGGAAAUGCAAGGAUCUUUACCAAAGGCAAAUGGAAAGAAACAGACUGGAUUUUUUCAGACAGGUAUCUGCCAUAUGCCUUAGGUGGUGGUUAUUUGCUAUCCAAGAAUUUGGUCACAUACAUUGGCAAAAAUGCUGAGAACUUGAGGACAUUCAAUGCAGAAGAUGUCAGUGUGGGUUUUUGGUUGGCUCCAGUGGACAACAUUUUGAGGAUCCAUGAUACUAGGUUCGAUACUGAAUGGAAAUCAAGAGGAUGCCAAAAUCAACAUCUCAUUGUUCAUCAUGUAUCAUCUGAGGAGAUGUUACAGUAUUAUAAGAAUGUGGAGGAAUUUGGUCAGUUAUGUCCUGUAGAAGUGAAGGCAAAAAGGAGAUCUGUGUACAUCUACAACUGGAAGGUGUCACCUAGUCAAUGUUGCAAGAGAAUUGAAGAAUCUGCGAUUAGUUUGUCAAUUAAACCUGUUAACUACUAGGGUCUGUAAGACGAUCAGUAGGGAAAUUUUUCCGAAAAUGUUGCACAACACUUAAAAAAUGAAAAUUGUAGACAUAGCUUCUGGUCACCUGGGUUGCAGUGUUGCCAGCUCAUCUGAUAUGUUUGCUAUUUUGCUGAAAGUAAGAAAGAAACUUGGAAUAAAAUAUUGACAAAGAUCAAUAGAGCUAUGUAGGAUUUGAGGCCUCAUCAUGUUUGCAAAAUAGUUAAAGUUGAUUCCAAUGAAUAUUCACAUUGUACAUGCAAGUACAAACAAAACAAGACUGGUGUUUUUUUUUAAGCAAAUUUGUAUUUUUGUAAAAUAACAUUUUCUUUAUCACUCAUACCUCAGUCUGCAAUUUUUACAUAAACAAAAAACAAAACAAAAAUUCAUAUUGCAAGUUUCAGAUUUUCUAUUCAUGUUAAAACUUGAAAGUACCUUUCUGCACACCUAAAUAGUAUGUUGAUAUGUAUUUUAGGAUAUCAUAUCAAGACUAACAUUGAUAUUUAAUAAAUAAUACAUUAAACAAGACAUUCUUUGAGGGUGAAUAAAGUAAAACGACAAGAAUAGUAUAUUUUAGUACCAAAUUUAUUUUGCCUACAAACAACAUUUUCUUAAACUAGUACCUAAUAUAAAAAAUAGACAGGCACUUUUUGCAAUCUACAUCUUUUGUAUGAUCGUAAGUGGGUUUUGGAAAGCAAAUAUGCUAGGAUUAAGUCUAUGUUAGAAAAACUGCAGUGGUUGGAUGUGAAAAAUUUCAUAUAUUAUUUAGUUCUCGUUUUCAUAUUCAAAUUAAAAAAUCAUUUAUUACCACCACAUUCAGAGAACUUCACAAAAUUAAAUAGUCAUUAUCAUAACUACGAAACUAGAGGCAGUAUAGAUUUUCAUCUGCAAAAUUGUAAUAGUAGCUUAACUAGUAAAUCUAUAAUUCAAAAGGGAGUAUUUGAAUUUAAUAAAUUGAAUAAUGAUAUUAAACAGAGUUCGAAUUUAAAAAUGUUUAAGGUGAAAUUAAAAAAUCUCUUUAUGAAUAAUCAAAAUACAUAGUGGCGUAAUUUUAAUUUUAAUAGACAAGAAUGUAAAAUUACAGAAAAUGAAUUGAAGAAAAAUAUGUAACCGAAUCAUUAUAAAAAAUUGACAUUUUAGUAUUAAUGCUAAAUAAAUCUUCAACAACAACUAAGCUUUAAUGAAUAUAUUGUGUCAAAAAUAUUGGGGUUGAAAAGUUUUGACAAAUUUGUGUAUAUGCUUAUUCAUGUACCUACAUGUUCUGAUUUUUUUAUUAAGUUAAUUAUGUGUGAGCAUACAUGGCACAACAAAUCUCAAGCAGCGAAUACAGUUGAAACCCCAGUUUUUUCAGCAGAAUAGAAAAAAUGCAUUUCAGAAAGUUUAAAAUUUAAGAACAUACCAGUUGGUGAAACUGUCACCAAAUAUCAUAGAUACAAUUCAGACCUUGCUUUUGGUAUCUGCCCAGUUCUCUCCUGCAUUUGUGAAAGAAACAAAGCAGCAGAUUACUGGCUUUGUUACUGGACUGAAAAAGUUCCUGUAACAUCUGAAACUCAUACUAUGGUUUUCAUGUCGAUAGUCCCCCAUGUUUGGCCAAUGGAACUACAUGUAUACCCUAUUUCACGAGUAUCCGUCACACUUUAACGUCUACUGAGGUGAACAGCUGAUCAGCAAGUGACAUUUUUGUGUUUUUGUAUGCAAAUUAACUUUCCUAAAUAAGAGAGCUGUUAGCAAGUACAAAAUGAAUCUGUAGCGUACAAAAAAACAAAAGAAAAUUCGGCUGUCUAACCUGGCCUUGACGGAUCUGUCAAAAUUAUGUGUCUUGUGCCGAUGCCGGGAAUUUUGAGAUCCACAUAUUACUAGAUAAUCAGCUGCCAUUCUGCUGUGAUGGAUACUCGUGAAAUAGGGUAUAUUUAAAAUGUUUCAUUAAUGUAGUAAAUGUUUCAAUCACAAAGGCGAUCUAAUUUAUAAAUAUUGUACUGCAGAAGAUCACCUUUGUGUUCAGAUUGUUGCUAUUAAUCAGAUUCUGUUUCCUUCUCCUCCUAUCUGUAUUAAUCCCUGUCCAGAAUUUUUACGGGUAUAACAUUGUGAUACAUUUUACAUGCUUGUACAAACUGCUUAACUAUUGUGUAAAAUUGUAAAUAUUGUUUCUAUUAUUAUAAAAU